CAGCAAUCUCUCUCUCUCUCUCUCUCAAGCUCUGUAUCUCUCUCUGUGGCGGCCGGCAAUGGCAAGUCCAGCUGAAUCCGCCGACCAGAAGGUGAGCUUCGCCACUCCAAGAAGCUUCGCCACCACAUUCAAGGCGGCCGUCAAGGAGACUCUCUUCCCCGACGAUCCGUUCCACGACUUCAAGAACCAGACAUUUUCCGGUAAAACCAAGAAAGCAAUCCAAUACUUCGUCCCAAUCUUCCAGUGGCUCCCCAGCUACAACCUUCGCCUGUUCCGGUACGAUCUUCUGGCCGGAAUCACCAUCGCCAGCCUCGCCAUUCCCCAAGGAAUCAGCUACGCCAAGCUCGCCAACGUCCCUCCGGUCAUCGGCCUCUAUUCAAGCUUUGUUCCUCCUCUUGUUUAUGCCGUGUUUGGCAGCUCCAAGCAUGUUGCUGUUGGAACAGUGGCGGCCUGUUCUUUGCUUAUAUCAUCGACGAUCGGAGACAAAGUGUCGCCAAAUGAUAAUCCGGACUUGUAUCUUCGCCUGGUUUUCACGGCCACCUUCUUCGCAGGUCUCCUUCAAACGGCCAUGGGCUUUUUGAGGCUUGGAAUAUUGGUGGAUUUCUUAUCGCAUUCGGCGAUCACCGGAUUCAUGGGCGGCACCGCCAUGCUGAUCUGCCUGCAACAGCUGAAGGGCAUGUUUGGAUUGAAACAUUUCACCACCAAAACUGACGUAGUUUCGGUUUUACGUUCAAUCUUCAGCAACAGAAAGGAGUGGCGAGGAGAGAGCGUGGUCGUGGGUAUAAUUUUCUUGGUAUUUCUCCAAGUCACGAGAUAUUUUUCAAAAAAGAAACCAAAGCUAUUUUGGGUAUCCGCAGUAGCUCCGAUGGUGGUGGUGGUUACCGGUGGCCUCUUUGCCUACUUAGCUCAUGCCGAGAAGCAUGGAAUUCAAAUUGUUGGUGACCUGAAAAAAGGGUUGAAUCCCCUUUCCAUUAAGGACCUAAACUUUGACGCUAAGUACAUAUCAGCCCCUCUGCAAGCUGGGAUCAUCACGGCCAUGGUGGCUCUUGCUGAGGGAAUAGCAAUUGGAAGGAGCUUUGCCAUAAUGAAGAAUGAACAGAUUGAUGGGAACAAGGAGAUGAUUGCCAUCGGUUUGAUGAACAUAGUCGGCUCCCUCACUUCUUGUUACUUGACUACAGGGCCAUUCUCUAAAACCGCUGUCAACUUCAACGCUGGGUGCAAGACAGCAAUGUCGAACGUGGUGAUGUCCCUCUGCAUGAUGCUCACCCUUCUCUUGCUAGCUCAUCUCUUUCGCUACACCCCUCUCGUCGCCCUUUCCGCCAUUAUCAUGUCAGCUAUGUUCGGCUUGAUCAAGUACAAGAAGGCCUAUCACCUCUUCAAGACUGACAAAUUCGAUUUCUGCAUCUGCAUGGUCGCUUUCUUUGGCGUCUCCUUCAUUAGCAUGGACAUUGGCCUCAUGUUAUCCAUUGGGCUUUCCAUCCUUAGAGCCCUACUGUAUGUGGCAAGGCCUGCUAGCUGCAAACUAGGGAAGGUACCAAACUCAACAUUAUAUCGCGACGUCGAGCAAUAUCCUGGCGCAACCGAGCUGCCGGGAACCAUUGUUGUGCAACUCGGUUCCCCUAUUUACUUUGCAAACUGCACUUACAUUAGAGAAAGAAUUUUGAGGUGGGUUAGAGAUGAAGAGGAUAAAGAGAAUGACAUUGAGCAUCUUUUGUUGGAUUUCGGAGGAGUUACAUCCAUUGACAUAACUGGGGUGGAAACCCUAGUUGAGCUCUUAAAAAAUAUGGAAGCAAGAGAGAUUAAGGUGGGUUUAGUGAACCCUAGGCUUGAGGUCAUGGAGAAGUUGAUAGUAUCAAAAUUCGUAGAGAAAAUUGGAAAAGAAAAUGUAUUCUUAUCAAUCGAAUAUGCAGUAGAGGCAUGCAGAUUUGCACUCAAAAGAUCAAAACAAGUUGAUACGUUAAGGGUGUAAUUAUGCAGUUAGCUUUUGUAAUCCUAAAUGUAUGUAAAUGAAAAAAAGGCAUCCAUCCGUUUAGAUUGGGUAAGAAAAUAUAUAUAUUAGUUAUCCUCAAGUUAUGUAUCAGCUUUCAUGUUUGGUUUUCAAUCUUUUGAAUAAAAUCAUCAGCCUUUUUUUGUC